CGGGCACGCCUUUGAUUAGCACGGUCACCCAAGGCGGAGCCCAGCAUUUUGCAUGCAGGCCCCGGGGGCUGAGCCAAAUUGAGGCGGCUAUCUGAGAGGGAAGCUUCCCGCACCCCUGGGGAAAGGGAGCGGCGCCUGCCAGCCGGCUGCUGCAAGCCCCUCGGGGCAGGGAUGCGCCUUUCCCGCAGCCUUUGUUCUCCUCCACAGCACCCAGCGCAUGCAGCGCACUCCAUAAUGCAAGAGUUAUAGCCUGAAGAACGACCCGCCCCUCAGUCCUUCAUGGGAGGGGGGGGGGGGAAGAGAGGGUGUGUUUGGGGUGAGCCAUUCUUGGGGAGCAUGCGCAAUCCCUCUUCUCUCCAUCCCCCCCCCUCCCCGACGGCUGGGCUUUUGGCCGCAAUACACCGAGGCGCUUGCAUCCACCGCUGGGGUGGCGCGGGGGUGCAACAGCCGGGAGCCCCCCCAGCCCACCCCCCUCGCCGCAACCAUGGCCGAAGGCGAAGACCUGCACUCCUUUACCUCGAUCAUGGAUGCCCUCGUCCGGAUCAGUACUGGCAUGAAGAACAUGGAACGGGAACUUCUCUGCCCGGUGUGCAAGGAGAUGUACAAGGAACCUCUGGUGCUACCCUGCAUGCAUAAUGUAUGCCACAUCUGUGCCACCGAAAUCCUGCUGCAACAGGGCUAUGUCUGCCCGGACCCCACCUCUGAGCCCACAUCGCCAGCUUCCACGCCUGCGACGCGGAGCCCCCGCCUUGGACGCCGGGUCAUGCCCAAGCCGGAGCGCCUGGAUCGGCUUCUCAAAUCAGGUUUCGGCAAUCGCACUCCAGGGCUUAGAAAACGAGGGCGGCAUCGCGGCACCCGCAGAACGUGGCUGUUCCUGCGCGUGCAGUCUCGAAAGCUGCCAGCGUGGACGCGGGACUUGGGCGAGCGAGGUUUGGGCAGCCUCUUCCGCAACCUGACGCUGGAGAGGGUGGUGGAGCGCUACCGCCACACGAUCAACGUCAGCACGGCCAUCAUGUGCCAGUUCUGCAAGCCGCCGCAGAUGGAGGCGACCAAAGGCUGUACCGAGUGCAAAUCCAGCUUCUGCAACGAGUGCUUCAAGCUCUACCACCCCUGGGGCACCCAGAAGGCACAGCACGAGCCCACGCCCCCCACGCUUACUUUCCGGCCCAAGGGUCUCACGUGCCCCGAGCACCGGGAAGAGGUGACUCAUUACUGCAAGACCUGUCAGCGGCUGGUGUGCCAACUGUGCCGAGUGCGUCGCACACAUACGGGCCACAAGAUCACGCCUGUGGUCAGUGCCUUUCAGGCCCUCAAGGACAAGCUGACGAAAAGCCUGACCUACAUUCUGGGCAAUCAAGACACCGUCCAGACUCAGAUCAGUGAGCUAGAGGAGACCCUUCGGCUCACUGAGGCCAACGGGAUGCAGGCCAAGGAAGAGGUGGCGCGGCUGAUGCGUGGGCUAUGCGCCCUGCUGGAAGAGAAGCAGGCGUCCCUUCUGAACGCCAUUGAGGAAUGCCGACAAGAGCGGGUCUCCCACCUCCGAGGGCAGCUGAACGAGCAUCGGGCCAUGAUGGAGAACUCCGGGAUGGUGGGCUACGCCCAGGAGGUGCUAAAGGAGACAGACCAGCCGUGCUUUGUGCAGGCUGCUAAGCAGCUCCAUAACAGGAUCAUCCGGGCGACCGACUCGCUGCAGUGUUUCCAGCCUGCCGCCAGCCCCUCGUUCAGCCACUUCCAGGUGGAUGUGAGCCGAGAGCUCAAAAUGCUCACGGACCUCACCUUUAUCAAAGCACCCGAGGCCCCCGUGAUUGACACCCAGCGCACCUACGCCUACGACCAGAUCUUCCUGUGCUGGCGCCUGCCGCAGCAUUCCCCGCCCGCGUGGCACUACACGGUGGAGUUCCGGCGGGCUGAGCCCAAGGGCAAAGCCCUCAAGUUGUGGCAGCGGCGGGAGGAGGUGCGUGGCACCAGCGCCGUCGUCGAGUACCUGGACACGGACUGCAUCUAUGUGCUGCGUGUCCGGGGUUGCAAUAAGGCCGGGUUUGGGGAGUACAGCGAGGAUAUCUACUUGCAUACGCCGCCAGCACAAGUGCUGAAUUUCUUCCUGGACAAUCGAUGGGGUUUCAACCGCGAGCGCCUGGCUAUCAGCAAGGACCAGCGGGCAGUUCGCAGCGUCCCGGGGCUGCCCAUGCUCUUCGCUGCCGAGCGGCUCAUGACCAGCUGCCAUCUGUCCAUCGACUUGGUGAUCGGUGACGUGGCUGUAACCCAGGGCCGUAGCUACUGGGCCUGCUGCGUGGAUCCCAGCUCGUACCUGGUCAAGGUGGGCGUGGGACUGGAGAGCAAGCUACAGGAGUGGUUCCAGGUGCCGCAGGACGUGGUGAGCCCCAGAUACGACCCUGACAGCGGCCACGACAGCGGGGCUGAGGACACCACCUUGGACACGGCACCGCCCUUUGCCUUCCUAACCAUCGGCAUGGGCAAAAUCCUCCUGUCGCACGGCGUGGCGCUAACUUCACGGGACACUGGUAACUGCACUGCUCCGUUGCCUCCCCGGGUGGGCAUCUGCCUGGAUUACGAGCACAGCAAGGUGACAUUCUUCGACGCAGUGUCUUUCCGCAGCCUGUGGGAGUGCGGCAUCGACUGCUCGGGGCCCGUCUGCCCGGCCUUCUGCUUCAUCGGCGGGGGCGCCCUCCACCUCCAGGAGCUGGUGGCUAACCGCCAGGAGCGGAAAGUGACCAUCGGCGGGUUCUCCAAGCUGGACUGAGCUAGCCCCAGCGGGGCUUGGCACCUUGCGCAAGAUGGCCCCCGGGGCCAGGAGGUUUAGUGAGGCCGUGCACGUGACAGUUCCCCUCCAGGGCACGUUGCAAAGGGGAUUUGGGGAGCAAGAGGGUUGAGGCUGGCUGGAGCCUGCAAAAGGCUUGCCCCUCCACUGAGGAGUGAGGGUACCAAGAAUAUCUUUUGGGCCCUCCCCGAUGGGCUGAUCACGCUUCCAGGGCGGAAAGAGAGAGACAAACUCCGCCUCUGGAACAGCAGCACAGAUGGAACCCCCCCAAGGCUUAUUGAGUUUCUUUGAAGGUUGCCAUAAAAUGGGGAGGGUUAGACCGUGUGGCCCCUGCGAAAACCCUGGCACAUAUAUUUUUUUUCUCUUGUGUUUUGGAGGAGCCCCUUUUUUCUCUCCAGUUACUCUGGUGACUCUUGUGGGCUGUGGGGCUACGGUCUCGGUCUGUUUGGGGGAAGGGAGGGGUCUGAUUGGGUGCAUGGGGGUGGGGGCGGGGCGGGGCGAGAUAUUUUAAUGUCCUUCCUUUUUCAAAUCACGUCGUUCCAUCGCAGCUCCCCUUCCAUUGAUCCCCCCUGGUGGGGCGAUUGACUCCCACCUUUCCACUGUCUUGACUGUGACCCGAUUUGAACUCUUUUUUAAACUACCCCUCUUCAACCCCCCCCCUCCCGAACAUUGCUGCUCUCCCGAAGCUGGCUGUCCGCCAUGCCAAAUUUUCAACACGUUACAAGCUGUUUGAACAGUUGUUGCUCCCAAGCGAAGGUUUAACAGUUUGGAGAAGGGAGUUCCAAAAUCACACUUUCCAGCAUUCCCCGAGCGUGGGAUUUUUUUUUUUUUUUGGGGGGGGGGGGGGAACCAUGGCAACGUAAACUGUUUUUAGGCGAGUCUGAAUUUUGUACUGUAGAUGCGAUCAUUGCCCUUUAAACUGAUAAUGAAUUGUAUCCUUCUCUCCGGCCCUUUGUAAGGGUCACGUGACUGUUUUUUUGCGGGGGGGAUGUUACGGACCACUGUGAGGUUGGUCAUUGUUGGCCACAGAUGGGAUGCCUUUUCCCGGGAUCUCUCCCUCCCCACGUACACACUUUUCCCCUCCUGCCCCCUUCGCGCCUGGAGCAAGUAAAGGUCUUAUCUGGCUGCUACCACUGUUUAGGCGAGUAUGAAUUUUGUACUGUAGAUGCGAUUGUUGUGAUGCCCGUUAAACUGAUAAUGAAUUGUAUCCUUCUCUCUGGUCCUUUGUAAUGGAUAUUUGACUGUUUGGGGGGACGUUUGGGGCGAGUCACCGUUGGCCACAGAUGGGAUGCCCCUUUGAGGGACCUGUCCCUCCCCAUAAAACAUUUUUUCCUCCUUCCCCAUUCAGGCCUGGAGCAAGUACAGGUCUUACAUGUUGUCAAGGAUCCAGGCUCCUGCCUGUCUUAUGCCGUGAGUUCUUUUUUUUCAAACCAACACACAAAACAAUAUUCAAAAAUAUAUAUUAAAAGUUCAUUUGAAAAAAACAGAAGGAAAAACAACCAGAGGCAGACACGAUACAUCAGCAUAUGGUGCAGCAGAUUAAUGAAAAAGU